CCACGCUCACCGCAAAAUUUUUAUCUCCGUUAGGAUAUAUUUGGAAUAAACGAUAAUUACUACAUCUUGCCAUUAUUAAAUACCAAGUUGCGGGGAUAGCUCAGUUGGGAGAGCGUCGAUCUAAAGGUCGCGUGUUCGAUCCACGCUCACCGCAAACAUUUUAUCUUAAAUGGUUUUUUUAGAUAUAUUUGGAACAAUUAUAAUUCUACCUCUUAUCAUCAUUGAACACCAAGUGUGGGAUAGCUCAGUUGUGAAAGACAUUUGUUUUGCAACGCUGCAUGCCAGCUCCGGUGCCUUUCAGGACUCUAUUGCAUCAUCAUCAUGUCAAAAAUUUCAAGCAAAUGGCCACCAUGCCACCACCUUCUCAACUUCAAACCCCAUUUCUCCAUCCACCCAUCCUGUAAUCUCUCUUGUCCAGACCUGCAAAUCCAUGGACCAGCUUCAGCAAAUCCAUUGUCAAGCAAUAAAAACAGGUCUCAAUGCUAACCCAGUUCUGCAAAACAGACUUAUGUCCUUUUGUUGUACUCAUGAAUGCGGUGACUUGAAAUAUGCACAUCACCUGUUUGAUGAAAUUCCCGAACCGAAUUUGUUCAUCUGGAACACCAUGAUCAGAGGCUACUCCCGGUUGGAUUCUCCUCAGCUCGGAGUUUCUUUGUAUGUGGAAAUGUUGAGGAGAGGUUUUGAGCCUGAUCGUUACACCUUCCCUUUCCUGUUCAAGGGAUUUACAAGAGACAUUGCAUUGGAAUAUGGAAGAGAGCUUCAUGGCCAUGUUCUGAAGCAUGGACUUCAGUCUAAUGUCUUUGUUCACACUGCUUUGGUGCAAAUGUAUCUUUUGUGUGGCCAACUUGAUACGGCUCGUGGGGUUUUCGAUGUUUUUUCUAAAGCUGAUGUGAUUGCUUGGAAUAUGAUGAUUUCUGCUUACAAGAAAGCUGGUGAGUUUGAGGAAUCAAUAAGACUUUUUCUUGGUAUGGAGGAAAAAAAAGUGCUGCCCACCACAGUGACCCUUGUUUUAAUCCUGUCGGCUUGCUCCAAGUUGAAGGAUUUAAAAACUGGGAAGCAGGUCGAUAGUUAUGUGAAGAACUGCAAGGUUGAGAGCAAUUUGGUUCUUGAAAAUGCUCUGAUCGAUAUGUAUGCUGCUUGUGGGGAAAUGGAUGCUGCCCUUGAGAUAUUCAGGAGUAUGAAUGACAGAGAUAUCAUUUCUUGGACGACCAUUGUAUCUGGCUUUACCAACAUGGGAGAAAUUGAUGUUGCUCGGAACUACUUCGACAAGAUGCCAGAGAAAGACUAUGUUUCAUGGACUGCCAUGAUCGAUGGAUACAUCCGUUUGAACCGAUUCAAAGAAGCAUUGGAGCUAUUCCGCAAUAUGCAAGCAACCAAUGUAAAGCCUGAUGAGUUCACUAUGGUCAGUAUUCUGACUGCUUGUGCACAUCUAGGGGCCCUCGAGUUAGGAGAAUGGAUAAGGACUUACAUCGACCGGAACAAGAUCAAUAAUGACACAUUUGUUAGAAAUGCAUUAAUAGACAUGUACUUCAAGUGUGGAAAUGUUGAGAAAGCAGAAAGCAUAUUCAGAGAGAUGUGCCAGAGAGACAAGUUUACAUGGACAGCCAUGAUAGUUGGCCUUGCAGUCAAUGGCCGUGGUGAGAAAGCUCUUGAUAUGUUUUCUGAAAUGCUAAAAGCUUCAAUUAUGCCAGAUGAGAUUACUUACAUCGGCGUUCUUUCUGCUUGUACACACACUGGCAUGGUAGACAAAGGACGAGAGUAUUUUCUUAGUAUGACAACACAACAUGGCAUUGAACCCAAUAUCGCACACUACGGUUGUCUGGUCGAUCUUCUUGCUCGAGCCGGUCAUCUAAAAGAAGCCCACGAAGUCAUUGAGAACAUGCCAAUGAAACCCAAUUCCAUUGUCUUGGGGGGUCUUCUAGGUGGUUGUAGAGUUUAUAGAGAAGCCAAUAUGGCUGAAAUGGUUGUGAAGCAGAUUCUUGAGUUGGAGCCUGAGAAUGGUGCUGUCUAUGUUCUCCUGUGUAAUAUAUAUGCAGCUUGCAAGAGAUGGAAUGAGCUGCGAGAAUUGAGACAGAUGAUGAUGGACAAAGGAAUCAAGAAAACACCAGGUUGCAGUUUGAUAGAGAUGAAUGGCACAGUCCACGAAUUCGUAGCUGGGGACCGAUCACACCCUCAAACCAAACAAAUUGAUGCUAAGCUAGACAAAAUGACCCAAGAACUGAAAUCUGCGGGGUAUUCACCUGAUAUCUCAGAAGUGUUCCUUGACAUAGCAGAAGAGGAUAAAGAGAACUCAGUCUUUCGUCACAGUGAGAAGUUGGCCAUUGCUUUUGGACUCAUCAAUUCCCCGUCUGGGGUCACGAUUAGAGUCGUGAAGAACCUUCGAAUGUGCACGGAUUGUCACAAUAUGGCGAAGUUAGUCUCAAAGGUGCAUAAUAGAGAAGUAAUUGUUAGGGACAGAACCAGAUUCCACCAUUUCAAACAUGGUUUAUGUUCGUGUAAAGAGUACUGGUGAUAGCCUUCAAUGCUUAAAUCAAUAACCCCCCCUCCCUUUCUAAAUUCAACUGUUUCUAGCUGUUUACUGAGAUCUAAGUUCACAAGACGUAAGCAUUUGUAUUCAAGAAAAAAACUCCAAUAUUUCCACAAUUCCACCUGACUACAGAAAGAA